AUGACGCCGCCUGACUUGAGAUUUCGAGAUCAUUGGCGUGGAGCUUCCCGAUUUCGACCCAUGGACCAUAUGGGCCGUUCGACAGUGAGGUACGAAUUUUCCUAUGGAAAAGAUAACGUCAUCAGCGAAGAAAAUCACUACAGUACCACCACUACAUCCGGGCAUGCGGUACAUGAAACAGGCUCAAUGGCGUCAUCACCAGUUACAUCCAUAUCGGAUGAACAUACGGGAGAUGCAUGGAGAGACUCACCACUGAGAAGGGAUCCUCGAGAAGACAUGUCACCAAUGAGCGAUAAUAGCACAGCACUUAGCAGCAACAUUCGAUCUGUGGAUUCCGCUAAACCGAACAAGCCAAAAACAGUGGAGAUCAAAGUGCAACGGACAGAAAAAGUGGAAAGACGAGAAAAAUUUGAUCAUAAUAAGGAUUGGCUGAACAAUAAUGAUACAUAUGCAAUGCCAAGAAUGCAGCCAUCUUUUGGUUCACGAUCAUCACUGUCUACUUCGCAAGCUCGUGGUGAAUCUAGUGAUAUCGAUUUUAGCUGGAUCAGAGAGGAAGAAAAGAAACUAAAGAAUGAGAAAGAAUACACAAAGCCUCUGCCCGAAUGUUAUUUCGGCAUGGAUCCUCCGAAAUUAGAGGACAAUGGCAAUGUUAGACAACGUGAAGAAAAGGAGAAUCUACGCCGUAGUAACGUUCGCAGUACUACCGCAGCACUGGAGCACGAGUUAGCAAAGGAGAAAAGAGAGGUCAUGAAAUCCCGAUCCUCUACACAUCUAGAAGAUCGUCGGCAAGAAAUUUCGCCACGGCGAGAUAUGGGACCAAUGGCUAGAAGAUUACAUAGAAUGCAGAGAGAGGCUGAAGUAGCCAAUCGAGACUAUGGCGACCAUGACGAUAACAGGCAGCGAUGGAGAAGUAGUAUGGCAUUUUGA